AUGUCGGGCCAAUCUAGCGUGGGCAACCGCAGCCUCUACGAAGCAGGCGACCAGCGCAACGUGCCUCAGUCCGUCCUCAACCAGCAGGACCGCUACAAUGAGGGCCAGAAGCACAGCCAUAAGAACUUGGAUUCGAAGGACGAGCGCUCCAUUGCCAACAAGCUCGCUGCUCGUGAGAAGCAGCCUGACUCUAGUCAUCAUCACAACUAUGAUGUCAAUCCUGAGGCGGAGAUUAGCAAGAAGGACUCUACUAAGCCGGCCAAGAUCCAUGGCAACGAGCCGUCAAAGGGAGCCAAGAUUGACCAGGAGCUCAAGGAAGAAGACGAGCAGAGACUGAGGGAGAAGGGUAUCAAGAAAUAA